AUGAGUGCAGGCCCCCCAAAUCCUAAUGAUUUCUCUGUUAUUAAGACAACAUGGUCCGAUGACCAAAGGCGUACAGUCUGGACUCUUAUUUCCAAAUCAAGAAUUAAUUUGAAACUUGAAUUAUCUCCAAUCAUAGCAACAGCCUUUAUUAUGUUACAAAAUUAUUUCAAAAAUACAGACGAAUGCCCAUAUAGAUUAUUUAUAUUAAUGACUGCUGCUCUUUUCACUUCUUGCAAAUCUCAAAAUUCAUAUAGGCCAAUGCAAAUGAUUUACGAUGAAUUAAGUCGAAUAUGCAGAUCAGCUCCCUCUACCAUUAUUAGAAGUCUUGUUGGACCAGAUACACUUGGAGCUGAAGGCCAAAUGCCACAAGAACAUCUCGAACAGAUUACACAUGCAGAAUUAGAUCUUCUCAAAGCAAUAGAUUUUAAUGUUCAUUUUGAACUUCCAUUUACUCAUUUCGAACGUUGGAAAUCCAACCUUCAAUCUCAUAUACCAAAUGAAAACUUUAUCAGAAUAUGUAACGGAGUUAUUGUUGAUAUUUGUUUAGUCCUCUGCUCUAAAUUUUACUUAGAUCUUCCUCCAGAAGUUGCCGCAGCUGCUGCAACAAAAGAUUCAAUCGGUGAAGAAAACCUUUCACCCGAAACAUGUCAAUGGAUUGAGGAGGUUCUCCUCAAAUAUGGUCACGAGCCAUUCGAUUUGGCAAUGCGUUCUAUUACAAUGGAAAAGCAGAAAACUUUCCAGCGCAGACCAUCUGCCGCGACUGGUUCGUCUCCACGUCCAACAAUCCCUACUGUCAAUAUGUAA